AUGACCUCGACCGCUUUAGUGUAUAUGAUGACGCCAGGUUUAGCCUGUUUCUAUGGUGGGCUUGUUGAAAGCAAAAACUUUUUAAAUCAAUUUUUUCUAUCCAUUGUCUGCAUGGCAAUUAUUCCAGUUCAAUGGUGUCUUUUCGGUUAUUCGUUUACCUUUGGUUCCGGAAAUUCAGUAUUCGGCUCGUUCAACAACGGUGUACUGCGUUCGUUUGGCCUUAAUAAUUUCUAUGGUGAAAAUCCGGACCCAACAAAGGCACUAACAAUUCCAUCAUUAACAUUUGUUGCUUAUCAAUGUGCAUUUGCUAUCAUCACUGUAGCAUUGAUCAGCGGUGCUGUAGUUGGCCGAAUGAAACUCAUACCGUACAUGAUAUUCGUUUUUCUUUGGUCAACAUUAUGCUAUGAUCCAUUGGCAAGAUGGAUCUUUUCUAAUCAAGGUUGGCUCAACCAAAUGGGUACAAUCGAUUUUGCUGGUGGUAUGGUUGUUCAUUUUGCCAGUGGUAUAUCGGGAUUGACUGUUGCUACUAUUUUGGGCCCACGUUCAGAUUUCGAUCCGGACGCACUGAAAACAGGUCAAACACAUCUUCCUUUUACUGUGUUGGGUACUGGCAUGCUCUGGGUUGGUUGGAUGGGUUUUAAUGGAGGAUCAGCACUUGCCGCAAACGGCAUUGCUUCAUUAGCCAUUGUCAACACGAAUGUAGCAGCUGCAUCGAGCAUUGUUAUAUGGAUUAUUCUAGAUAUCAUAUGUGGCAAAGCGGCAGGUCAAAGUCUUGGUGUUGUUUCGAUUCCUGGUACAUGUUCGGCUGUUGUUGUCGGACUUGUUGUUAUAACACCAGCUGCUGGCUACGUUCAGCCCGGAUAUGCUCUGUUAAUGGGUCUAAUCGGUGGCUUUAUCGUUUACCUGUUUCUUCUAGGAAAGAACCGAUUUUUUCAUGUUGACGAUUCUCUCGAUGUGUUUACCUGCCAUGGGGUGGGUGGUUUGAUUGGUAGUCUCCUAACUGGUCUAUUUUGUCAGACGGAUGUAAGUAGUAAGGUCAAUAAUGGCGCAUUAUACGGCAAUCCAGUUCAAUUGUGGUAUCAAGUCGCUGGAAUUUUGAUCACCAGCGCAUUUUCAGUGGCAUGCACAGCUGCUAUUCUGCUACCUAUGCAUUUUACAAUUGGCAUUCGUACCAGUCGAGAUCAACAAAUCCGUGGGUUGGAUAAUGUGGCUCAUGGAGUAAUCGACUGCGAACUUCCACAACAAAAACUACCAGUAAAAUUAUCAGCACUGAGACAAGACCGAGGCAAUUUAAAUAUCGCCACUGUGGCCACAGCCAUUCCAAAAUAG